CUCUACUGAUGACGUGUACACACUGCUUCGUCGUUAGCUGGCUAGCUUAGCCACCUGUCAGAGUACAGGGGAUAAAAUAAAAGGGAUUGGAAGAAAACCAGGGACACAAGGCGUUUCAGCGAAUCCAUAAAAAUGGAGACGCUUUACCACCAGACCAACAAGCAAAUCCAGGAGGUGCAGUCUCAAAUGGGAAACCUGGAAAGGACAGACCGCGAAUCAGUUCACUUGUUAGAGAAUGAACUACAGGCUAGAAUCGACCAGAUCUUCACUCAUCUGGAACGCCUCGAGAUCCUUGCCAGUAAAGAACCACCAAACCGCCGCCAGAAUGCCAAACUACGAGUGGAUCAGCUGAAGUACGAUGUUCAGCACCUGCGGACCGCUCUCCAAAACUUCCAGCACAGACGCCACACCAGAGAAGCCCAGGAGAGAGAAAGAGAGGAGCUCCUGAGCCGCACCUUCACCACAAAUGAUGCGGAUACCUCCAUCCACAUAGAUGACACCAUACAGUUUAAUACCAGCCUGCACAACGCACACCGAGGCAUGGAUGACCUCCUGGGCAGCGGCAGUAGCAUCCUCAAUGGCCUCAGAGAUCAAAGGUCAACUCUCAAGGGGACGCACAAGAAGAUGCUGGAUGUAGCCAACAUGUUGGGCCUCUCUAACACAGUAAUGAGACUAAUAGAAAGACGAGCCACCCAGGAUAAGUUCAUCAUGAUUGGAGGCAUGUUGUUGACCUGCGUCUUCAUGUUCCUCGUCAUCAGAUACCUGGGCUGACCACGCCUAGGUAGGCAAUCAGAUGUGGACAUUUCAGGAAAACAUCAUCCCACAGGAUAUGAAAUUUAAAGUGAUUUUAAUAAAAGGUGCCAUUGUUUUUUUGUUGUUUACUUUCAAUAAACUCACCACUUUACUUUGGAUACAUGUUAAACGGUUAGGCUGAAGAAGUUCCUAUCCAGACAGUAUUUUAUAGUGUGGAACUUUUCUGUUGACCAGUUUUCCAUAGACUUUCAGCCAAACGUGGACUCCUCAAACUGCUCCUGUUUUUUCUUUCAUAUUCCAAAAAUGUCCAUCAAUGUAUGAUUGAAAACAAGUCUGAAUGUGUAAAAACAUUUAUUUCAUUCUGUGAAUGUUUUAUUACCCAUAAGGUAAGCCGACAUCCACAUAUUCUUGAUGUCCAGAGUUGAAUAGUUUGAUUUCCCUGCCCAGCACAACUGUACUAUUAACAGGUGUUGAAAAUGACAUCGGAGGGCAACUCUAAUGCUAAGCAGUUAGCUUAAACCAUGAGUUACAAUACCUGACAAUAGGAAAUUGUGACCAUCUUAAUGUCCAUUCAUCUUAAGUUUAGAAAUAUUAAUUAUGUAUUAUUGAUGUACUAUUUAAGCUUUGUAAAAUGUCAUUUUUUGUUAGAUUAAGUACAUUAAAAUUGAUUCCAUCUCUGAA